CUCAGUCGCACAUGGCAGCCUGGAGUUUUGACUGCACUCGCUAAGGGUCACCAUGGCCAGGCAGUGGUCUGAGGGCCACUCCACAUCCAUCCUGUGUGUUGGAGCUUCUCUGGGCCCUGAGAGUCUCCUCGCUUCAGGCUCUGAGGGUGGAGAGGUGACGGUUUGGAGCCAAGAAGGAACCAUCAUAGGCAGACUCACCCUUCCCGGGGAAGAGGACAGCACAAGUGUUGUGUUUUCACCUGCAGCUCCGGGCCACCUAUAUGUGUCACAUGGAGACACAGUAAGUGUACUCGACCCCAGGAACCUGAAGGGACCCAUGGAGGAGUUUCAGGGUGCAGGAGAGGAGGAGAUCAAUGCUUUAGCAUUGAAUGAGACAGGUUCAGCCCUGGCAGUGGCUGAUGACUCUGGGGCAGUGCGGGUGCUGGAGCUUCCUGGGGGAAAAGUAUGUAGGACUCUUCACAGACACACUAACAUCUGCUCCUCUGUGGCUUUCAGGCCUCACAGACCCAACAACCUGGUGUCUGCUGGACUGGAUAUGCAGGUGAUGCUGUGGGGUCUGCAGAAGACUCGCCCGCUUUGGACACUGAAUCUUCAGGAUGUAGCAGAGGAUGAAGGUGACCAUCAGCAGCGCCCUGGUCAGCUUUUCAACCCGCCACUAGCUCACUGUGUUUCUGUGGCGAGUUGUGGAAACAUUUUGGGUUGUGCAGCAGAAGACGGGCGGGUGCAUCUGAUGCGGAUUGGCACUGGUUCUAAACUGGAACAGCAGGGAGCAGUCAAAGCCCACAGUCAGGGAGCCUCACAAGCCCACUUUGUUAGUUUCCUUUCCCACCCAUACUGGCUUGUCACCGGGGGGAAUGACGGCCAGGUCGCCUUGUGGGACCUCAGUAAGCACCCAGUGGUGGCUCCAGACGCAAAAGCCAAAACCAGAGUGACAGCAGCUCCACGCAGGAAGGGCAAGGGCAAGACGAAGAGGAAAGAACAAUCCCAGGAUAAUGCAAAGACCCCACAAAAGGAUGAAGGAGAGAAGGAAGAAGCUGAAGUGGAGGGUGAAGCUGCAGCAGCAGCAGCUGUAGCUGCAGAGGACGUGACGGAGGAGAAGUCUGGACCCAAACUGAGCAUCAGUCAUGGGGACAAGGUGAACUGGCUGUGCCCUGCUGUGCUGAAAGGAGAACACUGUGUGGUAGUAGCUGAUCAGAGCUGUAGUCUGACUGUCUACCCUCUGUCUCAACUAUAGUCACUUCACUGUCUGCUCUUAAAAUCUUUUGUUUUGGUCAUAGGAGACCCUUAGUUUGACUUUCUUUACUUUUAGUUUUAUUGCAUUUUUAAAAAUUCUUCAGAGAAUACAAUCCUGUGUUUGUUUCUGUAAGGAACUGGCAGCAUAACCCAUUUUUUCAAUAAGAUUUGUUUUUGCAUGUACGGCCCCUGGACGUUUGGUCUAAACAGCAUGUCUUCUUACUGUGACAUCUGAUCUUACGUAGAUCUUUACAGCAGCAAUCAAGCCUCACAUAAAGGGAUUUCUAUGAGCUUUCACACAAUAUUUAACAAACUAAAUGUGUAAUUGUUUUUGGAGGUUUCAUUUAAUGCAGGCUUCACUAAUUGGAUUUGGCUAAGUUGGCUUUGGUUUAGUGUCUGUGUUGUCCUAUUAAAAAAAUGUCCUCUGAAAUAUA